AUGUGUCUGUCUGGAAAAAGUGGAAUUAACCCUGUUGAAAAGCUUUCUUGGAGAGAAAAUGCAGUAUUUACAAGACAGUUUGAUGAACCACGUUUGAAAAAUGUUGUAUGGAACAGCACUCAAACCUGCCAGUUUUAUGGCUCUGUAACUCCUCAGACUGCAGUAGAAGCGAAGACUUCAGUGUUGAUCUCUCUGAAGGGGCUAUCCCCAGCCUUCCUCACAGACAUCCUUCCCAGCUGCCCAUUGAACCCCUGCCCCGCCGUUGGCUCCACAGCCUUUUCAGGGCCAACGUACAGAUCUGCUACAACCCCGUGGCCUGUUUGCCCGGUCGCCAGCGGGAGCAACCCCGCACCCCACCGAGACCGGCUGGGCGGGCAGGGUGGGUCUCAGCGGACCUGGCAGCUCCGCAGCCAGAAGUUGGCGAGGGGCGUGAGGGGAGACCAGCCCGAACUCGGGUCCCCGCAAAGUUCCCUGCCCGAGAGAGCCGCGCCCACUGCCGCCUGGCCGCCCCGCUCCUUUCCUCUCCUCUCCUUGCAGAUGUCGGGGGUGCUGGUAAUCGCUGCCUGGUGCUUCCUGCAAGUGGAGAGCCGGCAUCCUGAAAUCAUCACGAGUAACAGCAACCAUGGCAAUUUCCUGGACAACGACAAAUGGCUGAGCACCGUUUCGCAGUACGAUAAAGACAAGUACUGGAACAAAUUCAGGGAUGUAAGUACUUCUUCGUUUACCCCGUACUUCGGUUACCACAUACUUCUUGUUUGUUCCGUUUGA